CAUUUUGUUUGAGAAAAGCUGCCCGCGCGCACCAACCUUAGCGCGAGACGACGACUACACAGCAGCAACGAGGUCGCCGGUGGCGCCGCCGUCGCCAUCAUCAGCUAAUGACCUGUGCGCGCUCUUUCGUUUCUUUCUCGCGCGCCAUGCCAUACAUAACGUAACGUAUAAACAGAGGCCUCCAGCUAUCAGCGCGCGCAGCUCUUCCUCGAGAGCGAGGUCGUACAGCAGCCAAAACCACAUGAUGCCGUCCUGCUAGAGAUCUCUCGGGCGUCUUGUGUUUUACUGGAUCCAAAACCGCUGUCCCUUUCCCCUGCCAAGACAACGACAUUGUUUUGGGCGCCUUCGUAAUAUCCCUCCGUCUGUCACUGGAGCCAGAAGCAACUAUCGAAGUAUCUAGAACUACAAGGAGACUGGCUAUUAUUAGUCUCCACGGAUGGCUCGACAACGCAAACAUCCGCUGAUUACGCCACGUAUCAUGUGUGAUGAGUGAUAAACAAGGGGCACCUACUUUGCCGCCCCUUUCUGGGGGUGGAGGAAUUAUUAAUGGGGGGAGCAAUGGAGGUGCACCGCAGCAAACAGUUAGUUUUCAGCAAGUCUUUGCCAACGUUAUUUCAUCAGCUAAUGUACAACAGUUUGUACUUGCAUCCCAAGUUCCAGGUCCUACCCAGGUACUUCCCAGAAGCGGGACAUCAGGCCAGCCGAUUGGCCUCACCCGCAUCAUUAAUUUAUCGGGUGCGCCGCCGCGCGUCGGUGUCGUCAACGUUACCACUGCGAGCCCUGUCGGGGUGGCCUGCGCCACCCCGGCUCCUGGCCACCAGAGCAAGCUCGUGUUGACGACGUCACCCAAGCUGGUGCGUACUUCGAUUGCAAACAUGCUUCAGCGUCCUCCAGCGCCUACAACCAGUCAACCGCAGCAGCAGCCACAACAACAACAACAACAACAACAACAACAACAGUCACCGUCCCCCUCGUUGUCAUCGUCGCAACAGCAGCCGCCCGCUAAGAAGAAGCGCGUGACAGAUGGAGGAGUCAGUAUCCCGGAGCGUCCCGCAGGCCAGCAUCAACAUGAGCCGCCCGCCGACGUGAUGGGCUACCGACGUCGUAUAAUCGAGCACAAGCUCCGCCGAUUGAACGCCAUUCGCGACAAGUACAACGAGAAUCUGAGCGAAUACUACUUCCUGCACAACAGCGGCAACAUAUUAGAUUUCUUGGCCUGGAAAGAGCGCCCGCCCACGCCCCGUUACCUGAGUUUUCUCAAGCAGCAUCAACUGGAACCGCAGGAGGUUGCGGGGGGUGCGGAAGAACAGCAGAAGGAGACCAUCGCCACUCCUACUACGACUACUGCUGUUGCAGCUGCUGCUACUACUACUACCGCCUCCGCCCGCGCCGCUGCUGCCACCGUAACGUCGCAAACGACGAGCGCUGCUGCGACAACAGUGGCGACGACAACUACGCCAUCAGCUGCAUCUUCGGAAUCAGAGCCGCAACCGGCCACCACAGCGGCAACAGUAGCAACAGUCGCGACCACUUCGUCGUCUACCGUCGCUGCCGUUGCCGGCGCGUCGAGCAGCAGCAGCAGCACAGCUAUGACCGCUGCCGUGCAGUCGUCGACAGCCAUCAAUCCGUCGACGAGCGAUUGCAGCAGCAGUAACAGUGGUGGUAACAGUAGUGGCAACAGCAGCAACAACGGUAGCGGCAAACCCGCAGCCACGACUGUAACCGUGGUAACUGUGGCGACGAGCUCGACGCCGAUGGUGAGCGAUGACCAAGGCGGUGCCGAGGUCGCACUCUCUGGAGGGACGCCCGUCGCUGUCUCGACGACCUUGCCCCCGGCCGUCGCGCAGCUCAGCCAGCAAGGGCAAGUACCUGGUCGGCCACAAGGCGGCAGACAUGGCAUGAUCUUUGCCUUCAGAGCAGCAAUUCAGUCUUCACCAGUCACAGCUCACCCUUCACCCACUACUACCACUUCUACUAUAGCACCUGUCCUUGUCAUAGGUAGCACACCGGUCGUUAUUGAUUCGCCCAAGUCCAAUACAGCGACAGCAAAUAAUCCUGUAUCGGACAAGACACCAACGUCUAAUCCAGCAGAUAAGCUUCUUGGCACUCCUCCGAUUUCGUCUGCUCAACCCGUAGUUAAACUUGUAAAAUUAUCUCCUUCGUCGAUAGCGUCAUCUUCCUGUGAUACUGUCAGUAAUCAAGAACAAAUUGUCGAAAAAGCCAAACAGGAGGCUUAUGUCAUGCAGAGGAUCGCAGAAUUACAAAGGGAAGGCUUAUGGUCGGAAAAAAGGUUACCCAAAGUUCAAGAACCUCCUCGACCGAAAACUCAUUGGGACUAUCUGCUGGAAGAAAUGGUGUGGCUCUCAACAGAUUUCGCACAAGAAAGAAAAUGGAAAAAGUCAGCAGCGAAAAAAUGCGCACGGAUGGUCCAAAAAUACUUCCAAGAAAAAGCUUUACAAGCUCAGAAGGCUGAGAAGUUGGAAGAACUCAGGUUAAAGAAGAUUGCUGGCUUCAUUGCGAAAGAAAUUAAAACGUUUUGGGCUAAUGUUGAAAAGUUGGUAGAAUAUAAGCAACAAACUAGGCUAGAAGAAAAAAGGAAGAAAGCACUGGAUCAACACUUGAAUUUUAUCGUUGAUCAAACCGAGAAAUAUUCAACGUGGUUAACGGAAGGCUUAAACAAAACUGAAGGUAACCAGAGUACGCCAGCGUCGAUACACAGUUCUCGAAUAUCUUCUCCCCUACCGGCUGAAAAGCAUUCCGAUGACGAUUUCAAGCCAAAUCAAGAUUCGGAUGACGAUGAAGAAACGAUAGCAAAGGCAGAAGAAGAAAUAAAGUCGAAUCACAAAGAAGAAGUAGAACUUCUAAAAAAGGAAUCGGAACUUCCUUUAGAAGACUUUCUUAGAGAACUGCCGCCUAAUUAUCUUGAAGAAAGAGAUAUGAGUUUAUCUCCCGAACUAAGGGAAGUCGUGGAAGAAGAAAGUGAUGGAACAAAAGAUACAGACUUUACAGUGGCUUCAGAGUUAUCUUCUGAUGACGAAGACACCAUUCAAAAGCAAGAACAAUCUGAAAAGAACAUUGAUCACAAGCAAGAAAUCGACGAGUUGAAUGCUGAAAAUGAAAUGUCAAUUGAACAAUUAAUGGAAAAAUACGGUGCUACUUCUGAAACUACUAUGGAGCUUGAGGACAGUGAUGAAGAAUCGGGAAAAGAUGAAGAUGAAGAAGACGAUUCGGAAUCUGAGAACGAAACAGAGGACGAAGAUGACGUACAAAAUAAUUCCCAAACUCAAAGUGAUGAUGAUACCACUAUUGGUUUGAAGUCGUUACUCGAAGAUAUAUCCGAUGAAAACAAAAGUUUCAAUGAGACGUCUGAGAAACAAAAUGAAAUGGAUUCGGUCGCAGCUAUAGCCGAAAGUAUACAGCCAAAAGGAAAUACCCUUCUGACUACCAGUGUCGUGACCAAGAUUCCAUUUUUAUUAAAACACUCUCUGCGUGAAUAUCAACAUAUCGGAUUGGAUUGGCUCGUCACGAUGUACGAACGAAAAUUAAAUGGUAUUCUUGCCGACGAAAUGGGUUUGGGUAAAACAAUCCAGACAAUAGCUCUCUUGGCGCAUUUGGCUUGCGAAAAAGGCAACUGGGGUCCACAUUUAAUUAUAGUACCGACGUCUGUGAUGCUUAACUGGGAAAUGGAGUGCAAAAAGUGGUGUCCUGGUUUUAAAAUCUUGACUUAUUACGGUUCUCAAAAAGAGAGGAAACAAAAACGAAUGGGAUGGACGAAACCAAACGCUUUUCACGUAUGCAUCACGUCAUACAAACUUGUGAUACAAGAUCAUCAAAGCUUCAGAAGAAAAAAAUGGAAGUACCUCAUUUUGGACGAAGCACAGAAUAUUAAAAAUUUUAAAUCUCAGAGGUGGCAGUUGUUGUUGAACUUUCAAACGCAAAGGCGACUGUUGUUGACUGGAACUCCCUUACAGAACAAUCUGAUGGAGUUGUGGUCUCUAAUGCAUUUCCUCAUGCCAAAUGUUUUCCAGUCGCAUCGAGAGUUCAAAGAAUGGUUUAGCAAUCCUGUAACUGGCAUGAUCGAAGGGAAUAGCGAAUACAACGAAAACAUCAUUAGACGUCUCCACAAGGUUUUACGACCAUUUCUAUUAAGGAGGUUAAAAUGUGAGGUAGAAAAACAGUUACCAAAAAAAUACGAGCAUGUCGUGGUUUGCAGACUAUCGAAGCGACAGAGGUAUCUGUACGAUGAUUUCAUGUCAAGAGCAAAAACGAAAGAGACCUUAGCUAGCGGAAACUUGCUGAGUGUCAUGAACGUUCUUAUGCAACUGCGCAAAGUGUGCAAUCACCCAAAUCUGUUUGAAGUGCGACCGACAGUUUCGCCAUUUCAAAUGGAUGGAAUCGAUUUUUACACCGCAUCUUUGGCAUGGAGCGCUCUUGACUACGAUCCUUUCAAGCACAUUAACCUUUCCUGCUUGAACCUGCACCUCGUUGACCUAGAAUUUACCGUCACUGCAUUUGUGGCUCACAGACUAAAGAAGUUAAAAACACCGAGAAAACUUAUCGAAGAGAUUGACAGUUACCCAGAGCCUCCUCCAAGGUGUCCAUCAGGGAAGAUAAAAAUCCAUGUUCGGUUGUCGAAUCAAGUGAGCAAAGCAAAUACUGCCCCACAACUAAAUGCGCAACAGAUGAAAAUGAAAAGUUUUCCUGGUAUUUUACCGACUCCUCGAGUAGGGACGUCGCCCUUAGUGAGAUCUGCAAACAGUCAAACUCCUACUGGCCAAGGUGUAACGUUAAAAGUGGCUGGUGGACAGCAAAUGCAAGGUUUCUCUCUUCAGUUGGUUCCACAUCAGGGUGGCGUUAAAGCAAUUCCAGUACAAACGGUUCCUCAAAGUGUGCAUGGAACUGCAUCAGCAACACCAACAUCGGCGAAUAUUAGUACGCACAAAAUCAGCGUCAGUACUGAAAACACCAGAGAUGGAACUCAGAAAUUAAUUUACACGGUAAAACAGGGCGAAAAAGCCAGUUUUGCUCGCUUGGUUCAGACGUCAACUGGCAAUCACCUUAUCCUAACGAAUCCAAAUCAGACAUCCAAUGCUCUUUCUUUCCCAGUUAUAACGCCGAGCGGUCAGAGGUUGCAUGUUCUUCCGCAAAAGCACAGGCCGGGCUUGUCGUCGAUGUCGGUCAACAAAGUUAUCGGCAACGUUGUCACGUCGACUGGAGGAAUAGUCAACAAACCUGUUAUGCGAGUUUCGCCUCUCAACAUAUCGACGUCACAGUCUACCGGCCAAGUUCAAGUACAGUCGCAACAAAUCCGUGCGGUGAGAAACAUCCAAAAAAAUUCCGAGAAAAAUCCAACUAAAGAAAUUCCAAAGUCUGAGUUUUACUUGCCGGAAUUAGAAUUGAUGAGGCAACAGAAACUCCACGCCAAGCUAAAAACACUGGCUAACGUGAAUGAGAAAAAAUGUGCUGCUUUUCCAUUGUAUGGUAAAGAUCUAUUUUCUACGUUAAAAGUAACACAACCAGCAAAAGGUUGCGAAUGGCCUAACAGCUGGUUUAAUUGCGCUUCGGCAAAGCAGUCUGUUCGCACGCGUCGGCAGUACUUUGCGUGCACCGAAAGUUUGUCUAAAGCUAUUAAAUCCAUCGAGCAGGUUGUAGAAGAGAUGAAAGAUAUCUUUGAUAAAUUUAUGAUCUACGUACCAGCGGCGCAGGCGUCGCGACCUCGUUUUCACGUCUCGCAUCCUUCACCGUCCAAACUCUGGCAAAAUCAACGUCUCGAGCUCGAGUUGAAUCAUCAUUUGUCGUCAAAGGUGUCACUGUUCCAUCCAAUCACGAGGUCGAUGCAAACACAAUUCCCGGAUGUGAGACUGAUUCAGUACGACUGUGGAAAAUUACAGUCGCUAGAUUUAUUGCUAAGAAAACUGAAAUACGGUGAUCACAGAGUGUUGAUCUUCACCCAAAUGACCAGGAUGCUAGACGUGCUUGAAGCCUUCCUAAAUUACCACGGUUACAUUUACCUCAGACUCGACGGUGCCACGCGUGUCGAUCAACGACAAGUUUUGAUGGAACGCUUCAACAACGACAAGAGGAUUUUCUGCUUUAUUCUAUCAACAAGAUCUGGCGGUAUCGGUGUUAACUUGACCGGUGCCGAUACAGUGGUGUUUUACGAUAGUGACUGGAAUCCUACCAUGGAUGCUCAAGCACAAGACAGGUGUCACAGGAUAGGGCAAACUAGGGAUGUUCACAUUUACAGAUUGAUCAGUGAAAGGACCGUGGAAGAAAACAUUUUGAAGAAAGCCAAUCAGAAGAGGUUGCUUGGAGAUCUUGCGAUAGAAGGAGGAAAUUUCACCACUGCCUACUUCAAAAGCUCUACGAUUCAAGAUCUGUUCAAUGUCGAUCAAUCCGAGACCGAUGCUUCAGAGCGAAUGGCUGAAGUACUGGAGCAAAGUAAGGAUAGAGAGAGGAAUUUGCAGAAAGAAACGACUCAAUCAGAUGAAAAAACAGCAAUGGGUGCAUUGGAAAGUGCUUUGGCUGCAGUUGAAGAAGAUCUUGACGUGCAAGCUGCCAAAACUGCUAAGGCAGAAGCUGUGGCGGACUUAGCUGAGUUUGACGAAAAUAUCCCCGUGGAUGAUGCCGAUAACGAUGAAGCACAGAUCAGCAAAGCUGAGAUGGAAGUUCGAAAUCUCGUUUCUCAGCUAACUCCCAUUGAGCGCUUCGCCAUGCGCUUUGUCGAAGAGUCGGACGGUAUGUUCUCUGCUGCUCAACUUGCGGCUGCCGAGCGCGAACUUGAAGAACAAAAGAAGGAAUGGGAACUUGACAGGCUGCGUGCUAUGCGUGAGGAAGAAGAGCGCCAGAUGCGCAUGACGGACGACGACGAGAACCCAAUUACUUUCACACGCGAGGAUGCUCAAAAUCAGGUUAAUAAUUCAAGCAAUUCUAGGCGACGGGGUAAGGGUAGGAGGCCAUCGCGGCCAAGCGCUACUAUUAAGCGACGCGUGCGAGAAAAUCGAAGACUGUCUGCGCGUCAGAGUAGGAGACAGACUAGAAUUAGGUCGUGUCAUUAUAGAAAUGUAGAGGAGGAGAAAGAGGGUAGUUCGUCGGCGGUGUCUUCAGAGAGUGAGUCGGAGACCGUGUCGAUGUCCAACUCCGAGUCAAACGACGAAGACAUCGCCGAGGAGGUAGGUACCAGUUCGGAUGAAGAACGUAAGUCCAAUCAAACUGAUACUUCUGACAAAGACGAUAACGAAGACGAGGAAGACAAUUCAGAAGAAGACGAAAUCGGUGGCAGAAUCGCGAAAAGGCGAAAGAAAAAUAGCAUACUCCUUAAAGUGAAAAAGAAUCACUUGGAUCUUAAUAGUCCAAGAACGAGAUCGAGAGGAGACGUCAAAAUUAACUUGUGGACUCUAGAUGUCAGUCCCUUAUUGCCGGAGGGUAAAUCUCGUCACAGAUCAAGAAAAUCAAAACACAGUUUAUCCGAAAUAGCGGAUGAUAGUGAUGCCAAAACUGUUUCCGACUACCGCGACAAUUCGACGAGAAAAAUCAACGAUACUUCCACGAAUUCAAGUGCAGAUGAAAACAUGAGCGUCGAAGACGACACAGAACUGCAUGAGACUGGCAUCGAAAAAAACGAUAAUACGGUAGAAAUAAGAACAAGACGUUCGUCUCGUUUUAGUAAUAAAUCGUCUGAUAAAGAGAAAGUUGCAUGCGGUUUACCUAACGUAAUCGUGAACGAAGUCAAAUCGACGUGCCAAAAAACAAUUAUACCGACUGGUCAAGAAGCUCAGCAGACCGAAAGCAAGGAUCACGUCGUCGGUACGCCUAACAAAUGUGGCCGGACAAGAAAGCAAUCGCAAUCGAUUGUUGAAUCUAAUUCAAUAACGUAUUCCACUAGGUCUAGCAACAAGUUGGGACGAUCGCCCAAUGAUAAAAAAGUCAUGUCGCUCAGUGUUGAUAGUAAAGAGGAGUUGGAAAUCUGUGAUAUUAACGAUACUAGUAGCAAACAUAAAAAAAGUGUAGAAAGUAAUAGUAUCGUUAACGCUAGACUUUUAGAAGAACCACUUAGGCCCAAGAAUGCGAUUGUAACAAGUGAUGUACCAAACAAAGAGGACGAAGUGACAAAAGCACCACCAAUACCAGAAAACUAUGAACAGUUUGAAAGUUCCGAGAAACCAAGUGAAUCGUAUCUGUUUGAAAAGGAACGCUCUCCCAGUCCGAUUCUCAGCUUGAGAAAAGCCAAAAUAACGCGCUCGUACGGUCGAGCUCGCGUGACUGAACCAAAAAUUAAACCAGCGAUAGUAAUGGUUGUGCCGCCUGACUUGCGAGAGUCCCAACAGAUGAAGUCUCCUGAGAAACUGAGCAGUGGCUCGGAUCAAGAUCACCAUUUGUUGUUGUCGCCGAUGGACAUCGAAGAAUUUUCUCCAGAGAGGGAAAUUUGCGAAAACGACGUUCCAUCCGUCAGAGAGCAGUCUCCGCUCAGGGCCAGUCCGAUUCUCAGUUCAAGUUCGAGGUUUACCAAGAGUACCCGCUCAGCUGCUGCUGCUGCUGCUGCUGCUCGAUCCACAGAGAUGACGCAUAAACAACAGGUAACUUCUUCUGAAUCUAAAAACAAAACGAUAGACCAUAGACCCGUGGAGAAGGCGAAAGCCGCUGACAAGAUAAAAACUCCGAGUAUUGAGUCGACGGUAUCAGUUGUUGCAGAAGCGUCUAGCAGUGGUUCUUGUAAGGUUGCCGCUGAAAAUGUCCAAAACGAGCAGCUGACGAAAGGUAAGAUGACUAGGUCGUCGGCGCGAUUAGCUUCAGACACCAAAACCAAAGAAAAAACUAUCAACGCACCAGAAGCGCCGUCGGAUCAAUCAAUUGUUGUUCCUACUGCUAAUGCUGCCAUUACUACAAAUGAGAAAGAAAAAGCUCCAAUUUUCGUGUCCAAGAUCGAAUCUACGAAAAAAAUCGCCGACGGCGAUGAGCAGCCGCCUGUAAGAAUGAAAAUCACUCGCUCGAAAGAUCCAACCAAAGUACAAACGUCCGAUGAGUUACAUUCCAAAAAUAAUACAACGGCAUCGAGUGAUAUAGCCAUGAAUUCAAGUAAAAGGCCAUCCGAUAAGCUCAAGAGCCCUGAGAGACAGCCCACGGUGGUGGACGGGCCAACGUCUGCCGAUUUGAGUUUCGAGACACCGAAAAUCACGACGGAGAAAAUUACAAGCCCAGAUAGACCUAACGAAUCUUUCACUUCGCCGUCGCAGGAGAAACCCACCUCUGAAAACGAUGUUCCUGUGGCGAAGAAACUUCCAGCGUCGAAUUUAAAAUCUCCCCACGCGCUGGUACUCCCAGAGUCCAAGCAGUCCAUUAAAAUAGAGUCAACGUCAGUUUUGGGAGUGACAACAAGACGGUCGCGAGUUAAUUGCAGCGCAGAAACUUCAUCUGAAUCGAGUAGCAACAACAACAGCAGCACAGCAACAAAAGCGAAUGUCGUAAAGCCAAUCGAACCACAACUCAUGAAAACCAGCAACUCGAUCGAAAGUGGCGGUUCUAUGAUCGAAGCGAGAAUCGAGAAACACAGCAGUUUGGUUGACAUACCGUUGCUUGAGCAACCGCGUGCGCGCUCGAACGUUCAGCAGGUGCCAAACCCUCUGAACCGACGCUUCCAGCAGAGCUUGAUCGCCAAACCAGGAGUAGUUGCGGGGUUGCGUCGUCGGCCCGAUACGCCAAUGCCCGUCUUUUACGCCGUCCGUCCAGUGACAAGGUCCCUGUCGGGUAACCACAAUAACCACAGUAACAACGGUAACAGCUCGGACGCCGAGUGUAGCAACAGCGGUAAUUUUUGCUCUCCAUCUGGGCUAAUGAAGCUCGGCCCACGGAGUCCUCGAAUUCCCGUAGACAACGGCUUCGUCGUGCCGCCCUCGCCUCCGAUCGGGGUGCGCCGAGCCCGCUCGACGACCUACAUCAAGAUGUCCGAUCGUCUUGCCUUGGAACGCAAGGAAAUCGUUGUGCCGCAAAGCAGAGGUCUUGUGCGCGAUCCAGCCUUGACCGAGAGCCUGACCAUCAACCGUGUGAUCUCCAAGCGAAGGCCUGACACGCCGAUGCCUUCGCCAGAGCAGCAGUUGGCAGCCAAGAUGCCGAGAACAAGCCUAGAUAAUUAUUUACCUGUGCCGAGAUCGUUGCCAUCCAUUCCAAAGUUGAGGCAACAUCAUCAGGUGCCAUCGAUCCGCAAAGCGUUACCAUCAUCCCCCCUCGCGCAACCACUGGCAGAGUACGUAACGCCCAAGAGCCUAGCCGAAGCUCAACAGCCACAGCCAUCGCCACCGCGACCAUCAACUCCACCAUCACCACCGCCACCGCCAUCAUCACCGCCAACUCCGCCACCCGUACCAGCUCCACUGGUUCAAGAAUUGUUGACGGAUGCUGAGGAGAUAGUGGACAGUGCGAACUCGAACGGCAACUCGUUAGACUUGGACGAGCCAGUGCUCCCGGUGCACGAGAAGCCUCAACGCACGGCCAAGGUCGUGGCCAUUCUUAGCCUCGACACGAAGAGUAACAGCUCCAAAGCAGGAUACGGUCUGAGCACGCCGCAGAAAACAAAGCCUACCUCCGAAAUCUCGGUCAUCAACAACAGCCCGAGAUCCUCGAGACCAAGCAGAGCAGCAGCUCACCAAGCCAUGAGAGCCUUAACAGCAGCAAGCAUCGAGGAUAGUAGCAGCAAUAGUAGCAGCAGCAGCAGCGGCAAUCCGAUGCCAGCUACGGAUGUGGAUAACGAGUCUGAGUUAGACGACGUGGAAAUGCUCCCGAGCAAGCGUUUUAAGCGCACUCGCUCCCAGAGCAAUCAGUCGGUGGUAAUGGCCAAACCAGCGACUAGCAGCCCGAGGAUUGCGUCGGUCGAGUUGGAAGACGACGAAAAAAUUCCGCCUAAGAGGUCGGCUCGUUUGAACGCGGCCUCCUCCGUUCCUCCUCUUUCUUCCACAUCCGCAUCUGCUUCGACAAAUGACAAAUUAAAUAACCCAGCAAUAUAAAAAUCACUGAAUGACUGAAUAAGUAUAUCAAGUGCGCGACGACUGAUCGAAGAGGACAGACAGUUCUGCUCAGCGAUCGAGCUCUACUCUGACUCUCCUAAUUCUGCGCCGAUGACUACAUAAAUAUUAAUAUAUGCAUAUUUACGAAGUCUGUUGUAUUAUAAACGAAAUAGUUGAGGUAAAAAACAUAAACGCAAUGUCUUGUAGUCUCUAUGGUAUUCAAGUCUAAGGUCAUGAAUAUAUACAUAUAUUCUCAUGCCAGCACUCGCAAGUUGACAAUGGGCGUAACGCGUUUUCUCGUUUUAUUUUGUAAUAUUAAUAGACAAAAGAGAAACGCGCCUGCCUUUGAUGUACAUAACAAUGAUAAAUACAAUUGAUUAAUUGUUAAGGUUCAAGCGAUUCGAAAACAGAGCUUUGAAAUAAAAUGUAUGAAUAUAUUUAAUUAGUAAUAAUUUGAUGUUUUUUGUUUUUUUUUUUAACGACGUUGCGUUGUUAGUUGUAACUGUUUUUAUAUUCUCACCCUUGUUCUUCGGCCCUUUUGUAAAUGAAUUUCUUUCGUUAUUUUAUUAUUUGUAUGCAUUUCGUGAUGACAGACAACAAUUAUUAGACUCUCAUGACUGUAUCAUAUUAAAUAUAUAUUUUUUGUUUAAUGCAAAUAAAUGGGAAAUCGGGGUGACAAAAUAAGAAAAGAUUUAAACGAUGUUUUUAGCUAUACAUCGUGUUUUAAGAUACUUUGAAAGCAGUGUCGAAAGUAUUUAAUAGAAUUUUUGGAUUUCUAUCUUUUCUCUCUCUCUCUCUCUCUCUCUCUCUCUCUCUCUCUCUCUCUCUCGUGUACAAAUACGAUUUCGCGUGUAGUGUAUCCAAAAAAUCUAACAACUAAAAAGGUCACGUUUCUCGACGCCUGCGAUUGUUUAAUCUGAGCGAAAGUUGUUUCCUACUGAUUAAUUAGUUAUAUAUUAACAGAGAAUGGUUACAUAUAGUUCAUAAGUUGCGUGCUUGUAUUUUGUAUGAUCGAAUUUAGCCUUAAAAGAAAAGGAAAUAAACGAAAUAUUCCUUGCUAUGAACGAAC